AGCAUCUUCCCUUCCACUUUCCCCCACAGAUAGCCAUGGACAAAGCAUCCGCUUCUUCGUUCCAGUGUCCCAUACCCACCGGACGAGGCAACGAUUCAUACGACAUAUUCUUGAGCUUUAGAGGCUCAGAUAUCCGCGAGAAAUUCGCCGAUCACCUCUACCAAAGUCUGGUCAAUGCAGGGACCAUACCAAUUUCUGUGUUCAAGGAUGAUAAGAGCAUCCCAAUUGGUGAGGAAUUUGAAACACAGAUUUUUGGUGCCAUCUCACGGUCUAAGAUUUCGAUCCCCAUCGUCUCCAAAAAUUAUGCUACAAGCAAAUGGUGCCUCCGGGAGCUCGUUCAUAUGAUGGACUGCAGGAAGAGAACGUCACACAUAGUGUUGCCUAUUUUUUACGAAGUGAAAAUAUCGGAUGUGCGGUAUCUUGAAGGAGAGUUUGGGGAGGCCUACCAUUCGCGUAAGAAGAAUUAUGAAAACAAAUAUAUCCAUGAUUUCGAAAAGGCGCUUAGAGAUGUGAGUUACUUACAAGUAUGGAAAUCUGGGAAAUUUGUUGACGGGCCUGAGGGAGAAUUUGUGCAAGAAGUUGUUGACACUGUUCGGAGCGAGUUGCGACGUCAUUUUCAGCUUGAUGUUACUAAGGAUUUGGUUGGAAUUGAUGGCCAUGUUCAGAAAAUUAAGAAUUGGGCAGACAUUCCUGUCCCUCAUGCUCGAAUGAUUGGAAUCUAUGGCAUGGGCGGGAUCGGUAAAACUACUCUUGCCAAGGCCAUCUACAAUGAGCUGUCCAAGGUAUUUGUGGAUCGCAGCAAGAUUUUAGAUAUUCGAGAUAAAGCUGACCGCAAAGGUAUUCCUUAUGUGCAAAAUCUACUGAUUAAGGGCAUAUUGCCAGAUGAGCGUAAAGUUUCGGAAGUUGAUGAUGGAGUUAGUUUGCUAAAUUCUAGAUUCAAAUGCAAAAAGGUUCUCAUUCUUUUGGAUGACAUAGAUGGAGGGAAAAAAGGAGGGGAACAACUGCAAGCUUUGGCUAGAGAACGUGACUGGUUUAUGGCAGGUAGUAUAAUCAUUGUUACAACUAGAUAUCAAGAUGUUCUUGAUCAAUCUAAAUUCACGGUCGACUACAAGUAUCCAAUGAAUACAUUGGAUGAGGUGCAUUCUGUGCUUUUAUUUAACAGACAUGCAUUUCGUAUGAACUGUUCUCCGAGGGACUUUGAAGAUACCUCUUGUGAAAUCAUAUCCACCAUGGGUGGGCUACCCUUGCCUCUUGUGGUUGUAGGCUCAUAUUUGUUUGGAAAAACCAAUCCUAAAGUAUGGAUAGAUACGCUGAAACAAUUGAAAGAACAACCACAUGAAGAUGUCCAAGGGAGUUUGAUGAUAAGUUAUGAGGCAUUAAAGCCUAGACAUAAGGAGAUUUUUCUCGAUAUUGCUUGUUUUUUUAUUGGAGAAACGAGCAAAUUUGCAAUGUACAUGUGGGACGACUGCGGGUUUCAUCCAAGCCAAGGAAUUGAAGAGUUGAAGUUGAGGUGCUUAAUAAAAAUAGGAGAUGAUGGUGAGUUAAAGAUGCAUGAUCAAUUGAGGGAUCUUGGAAGGAGCAUUGUUGCUCAAGGACAACCACCGGAGAGACGUAGCAGAUUAUGGGUCUAUGAGGAAGCCUUCAGAGUACUAAUGGAAAAGAAGGUAACAUAUGGCACUCCUUUUUCUUCCCUUCUCUCUCAUAUUCCUGGAACUCAACGGGUCGAGGCAAUUUCUCUCCACGACUUUGGGCCGGUCCAGCAAUACACAAGCGAACAGUUCAAAAACUUACAGAGCUUGAGGUUCCUUGAAUUGGGUCCGGCAGCUUUAAGUGGAGACUUUAACCAAGUGUUUUCACAAUUAAGUUGGCUUCGGUGGUCUGGCAUUGAACCUGGGUCUUUUUCGGCAGCCAAUUUGCAUUUGCCAAAUUUGUCGGUGCUGCAAUUGCCAGGGAAUGAUAUGACAGAGCAUUGGGGAGGAUGGAGUUCAAUCAUGGUGGCAAAGCGGCUGAAAGUUCUCGACCUUGCAUAUAGCAAAUAUUUAAAAUGUACUCCUGAUCUCUCGGCUUUCACAGAGUUGGAUAUUCUCAUCUUGAAAAAUUGUCCCCAACUAGAGCAAGUCCACCCUUCUAUUGGCAACUUCAAGAGCCUCGUUUCACUAGACUUGAGUUGGUGUCCCAAACUUAAGGAGCUACCAGAAGGAGUGGGUGAACUAAAAGAACUGAAAGAACUUAAUUUACAUGAAGCUUGUAUUAUAGAGAUUCCUGUGUCGAUCGGUUCUCUGAGGAAACUGGAGAAACUGGAUGCCUCCCUUUGUCGGUCUUUGAGAGAAAUCCCUAUCUCAAUUGGUAAUCUUUCUUCACUCAAGCAUCUUAACCUAUGAGGUUGUGAGUCAUUGAGAGAAAUCCCUGAGUCAAUUGGGAAUCUUUGUUCUCUCCAACACCUUGACCUAGCACGUUGUGAGUCAUUGGGAGAAAUCCCUAACUCAAUUGGUAGUCUUUCUUCUCUCCAAUGCCUUGACCUAAGGGGUUGUCAGUCAUUGAGAGGAAUCCCUAGCUCAAUUGGGAGUCUUUCUUCUCUCCAACACCUUAACCUGGAAGGUUGUAAGUCAUUGCGAGCAAUUCCUAAUUCAAUUGAGAAUCUUUCUUCUCUCCACCUUAACCUAAAGGGAUGUUAGUCACUGAGCGG